AUGCCGCCUAAGAAGUUUAAGCCGUUGGACAUGUUUGCGGAAGAGAAAGCCCCAGAUGGAAAGUUGGGCUCCUCUCCAUUUGGUGGAAAUUAUAGUAGGAAUGACCAUGGCCAGAAUAGAUGGAAUCAAAAUACUCCUUACACUCCUCAGGGAUAUGGCUAUAAUUAUUACCAGGGUGGGUAUCAAAGUUAUGAGAACUACCAGGGUUAUCAGAAUUACCAACAGAAUCACUCGAUGACGAAUAAUUCAGGAAACAGUCGUCAAAAGCAAUAUGGUGGUAAUGGACAAGCUACAAAACCUUCUGUAAGUCAAACCGGAUUUAAUUCGAGCUCUGUGACAUCUUUGAAUACCCUGAUUAGUAGUAUGUCAGAUUUGGCGGUCUCUCCAUUGACCCCACACAUUGAAGCGUUAGUAGCCUCAAAUAGCAUUGCUGAUGCCAAGAAACACGUUCUUGCUAUAAUUGAGGAAUUUACAAAAGAUGGAGUGUCUGGUAAGAAGAUUGAAGAAUGGGAUAUUUUAAGCAUUAUAAAUAAGCUCGUGAAGCCCAAGAAUGCGCCAUUAAUUCGCGAAGCAGCCAUGCUAUUGAUUUCGAAGUUAGCUGCUGUUUUUACUGAUAAAGGAAUUGAAAUGUGCUAUUUACUUGGUCUGCUGGCCCCAGCCUUGGAUAGUAUUUCUGAAAAGGAUACCACGGUUAAGAUGGAAGCACAGCGUGCAGUUGCUGCGAUUUACUCGUCUUUCCCCACCGAAGCUUUGACAUGUGCUCUAUUACCUGUAGUUUUAGAGUACCUAUCCUCUGGGGGAAGGUGGCAAUCUAAGAUAGCUGCACUUAAGUUGGUUGAUAACAUCCGCGAGGAUUCUCCUGCUGAUGCUCUAGAAUUGUGUUUUAAAACCACUCUUCCAGUGUUGACCGACGUUGCAACUGAUUUUAAACCAGAACUUGCGAAGCAGGGUUCCACCACAUUAUUGGACUUUAUUUCGAUUUUGGACAACUUAGAUCUGCAGCCUAGUUUCAAGCUAAUUGCUACUACACUACAGAAUCCAAAGCUAGUUCCUGAAUGUAUAAAAUCGUUGUCAAGUGUAACGUUUGUUACAGAAGUUACAGAAUCUUCUUUAUCCUUGUUGGUGCCGAUUUUGAACAAAUCCUUGAACCUGUCAUCUUCAUCUCAAGAACAAUUAAGGCAAACUGUCAUUGUCAUUGAAAAUCUGACGAGGUUAGUGAAUAACCGUAUCGAGAUAGCAAGCUUUAUUCCUCAACUAUUGCCAGGAGUUAAGAGGUUAUAUGAGACGGCGACGAUGCCCGAGGUCCGUGAGUUGUCCGCUAAAGCUUUAGAAGUUUUGGAAGAAGAUGACAGCCAAAGAGACUCUUUCCCUGGUCGGAUCACGUUAGAGCAAAGUGAGGAUUUCCUAAAGAAAGGCAUGGCGAAAUUGAAGAACAACCCAUACGCCGAUGAAAAGGAAUAUGCAACUGCCAUAGAUUAUUUGAGCAAGGUUUUACAAAUGACUGCUAAUGUAAACGACUGGAAUUGUCUGAAUAAUGUUUUAGUAUCUGCAUUUGGUGAGGAAAACAAAGACGUUAUCGAAAAAGAAUUUAUAACUGAAUUGAGACUAAUGUUCCACCAGGAUAUUCAAUCCGGAAAUAUGGAUGAUGGUAUAGAAAUUGUUAAUGCAGACUUCUCAUUAGCUUACGGUUCUAGAAUGCUGCUGAACAAAACAACUUUGCGUUUGUUAAAGGGACACAGAUAUGGUUUGUGUGGUAGAAAUGGUGCAGGUAAGUCGACCCUGAUGAGAUCUAUUGCCAAUGGUCAAUUGGAAGGUUUCCCACCACAGGACGAGAUCAAGACUUGUUUUGUGGAACGUACACUGCAGGGAGAACAGGGUGAUUUAGAUGUGGUAUCAUUCAUUAAAGGUGAUGAAACAUUACAAGGUGCUUCACAGGAGGAAGUUAUUUCUGCGUUAGAAUCAGUUGGGUUCGACGAAUCUAAACGUUCUCAAUCUGUGGGUUCUUUAUCUGGUGGUUGGAAAAUGAAAUUGGAAUUGACCAAGGCGAUGCUACAAAAGGCGGACGUGUUGAUGCUGGACGAACCUACCAAUCAUUUAGAUGUGAAAAACGUUGAAUGGUUACAGAAUUAUCUUCUAGAACAUACCGAUAUUACAUCUUUGAUUGUCUCCCACGAUACUAAGUUCUUGGACAAUGUUUGCACUGAUAUUAUUCACUAUGAGAACAAGAAACUGGCUUACUAUAAAGGUAACUUGGCUGAUUUUGUCAACCAAAAGCCGGAGGCUAAAUCUUAUUACACGUUUACCGACUCUAACGCUCAAAUGCACUUCCCACCACCUGGUAUUCUAAGUGGUGUUAAGUCCAAUACAAGAGCUGUUGCAAAAAUGACAAAUGUCUCUUUUACCUACCCAGGUGAUGACAAGCCUUCUUUGAAGGACGUAUCAUGCUUCUUGAGUUUAUCUUCACGUGUUGCUAUUAUCGGUGCUAACGGUGCAGGUAAGUCCACUUUGAUCAAGUUAAUGACAGGUGAAUACGUUCCAACUUCAGGUAAGGUUGAAAAGCACCCCAACUUACGUAUCGGAUACAUCGCGCAACAUGCUUUGCAGCAUGUGAAUGAGCAUAAGGAAAAAACUGCUAACCAGUAUUUGCAAUGGCGUUAUAGAUUUGGUGAUGACAGAGAAGUCUUACUGAAAGAGUCAAGAAAGAUUUCUUCGGAGGAAGAACGACUCAUGAUGGAAAAGCAAAUAGAUAUCGGCGAUGGUAGAGGAAUGAGAGCAAUUGAAGCCAUUGUUGGAAGACAAAAGCUGAAGAAAUCGUUCCAAUACGAGAUUAAAUGGAAAUGGUGGAAGCCAAAGUAUAAUUCUUGGGUUCCAAAAGAAGUUCUAUUAGAAAACGGAUUUGAAAAAUUGGUUCAGAAAUUCGAUGACCAUGAGGCUUCUCGUGAAGGUUUAGGUUACCGUGAAUUAAUACCAAGUGUAAUUACAAAACAUUUUGAGGGCAUCGGUUUGGAUUCUGAUAUUGCAAACCAUACACCUCUUGGUUCACUUUCCGGUGGACAGUUGGUUAAAGUCGUUAUUGCGGGAGCAAUGUGGAACAACCCACAUUUACUCGUCUUGGAUGAGCCUACCAACUAUUUAGAUAGAGAUUCAUUAGGUGCUUUGGCAAUGGCCAUCCGUGAGUGGACUGGUGGUGUGGUUAUGAUCUCACAUAACACUGACUUUGUUGGCGCCUUAUGUCCUGAACAAUGGUUUGUUGAAAACGGUAUGGUUGUGCACAAAGGAAUUAAGCAGGUUGACCAGUCCCAAUUCGAAGACGGUGGAAACGAAGAAGCCGUUGGCCUAAAGGUAUCAGCGAAGGCCGGUGAAGAUGACGACUCUCCAGCAAACAUUAAAGUCAGAAUUAGAAAGAAGAGAAUGACAAGAAACGAAAAGAAGGCCCAGGCCGAGCGUCGUCGUUUGCGUUACAUCGAAUGGCUCUCUUCACCCAAGGGCACUCCAAAACCAGCUGAUACUGAUGAUGAAGAGGAAGAGGAAUAG